CACUGGAGCGGACCUCCGGCGUCCUCCCCUCGCGUGAAGGAUGCACCUGCCGCCCACGCGCCCGCGCCCGCGCCCGCCCCUGGCGGGGAUUUCCUGCGCCCUCCCGCUGGCAGUUGGAGGAAAGAGAAAGUGAAAGGAGAACUGCAGGCUUGGGGCUGAAGAGAUCGCGGCGCCAUGAAGCCCCUGUCCCUACUCCUCGCUGUGGCUUUGGGCUGGGCGAGCGCGGUCACGGCGGGACCGGCCGUGAUCGAGUGCUGGCUCGUGGAGGACGCGGGCGGGGGCCGCCUGGCCAAGAGACCCGCCGCGCUGCUGCUGCGCCAGGGCCCGGAGGCGCCGCCGCCCCGGCCGGACCUGGACCCCCAGCUCUACUUCCGAGUGCUCGACCCCGCGGGCGCCCUGCAGUCGGCCUUCAGGCGGUACCCCGCCAGCGCCCCCGCGCCGCACUGCGAGAUGAGCCGCUACGUCCCGCUCCCCGCCCCGGCCAAGUGGGUCAGGGGCCUGGCCCCGGAGCAGAGCUGCCCGCGGGCCCUGGACGGGACUUGGUUCAUGGUCAGCAUGUCCAGCCCGGUCGUCAGCCUCUCCAGCCUCCUGCGACCGCAGUCGGAGCCUCAGCCGGAGCCUGCAGUCAUCACCAUGGCAACAGCCGUGCUGACUGUCGUCACCCACACGCCUACCACUCGAAUCCGACUGGGACAGGAUGCUCUGCUGGACUUGAGCUUUGCCUACAUGCCCCCCACCCCAGAGGCCACUGCAUCUCUGACCCCAGGACCCCCUCCCUUUGGGCUGGAGUGGCGACACCAGCACCAGGGUAAGGGGCACCUGCUCCUGGCUGCAACUCCUGGGCUAGAUGGGCAAACGCCAGCUGCCCGAGAUGGGGCAGUGGCAUUUGCCGCUUGGGAUGAUAACGAGCCAUGGGGUCCCUGGACUGGAAAUGGAACUCUCAGGCUACCUGCAGUGCAGCCCCGCCAGGAGGGCGCCUAUAUGGCCACCGUACACCUGUCAUACCUGCAAGGGCAGGUCACUCUGGAGCUUGCUGUGCAGAAGCCUCCCAAAGUGUCCCUGACGCCAGCACCUCUUGUAUGGGCUGCCCCUGGGGAGGCACCCCCAGAAUUGCUCUGCCUUGUGUCCCACUUCUACCCCGCUGCGGGCCUGGAGGUGGAGUGGGAACUCCGAGGCCCAGACGGCAGCAUUCAGGAGGCCAAGGGGCAUCAGUGGCUCUCAGCCCUGCACCACCACUCGGAUGGCUCCGUCAGCCUCUCGGGGUUCCUGCAGCCAGCCCCCGUCACCUCCGCUCAGCAUGGGGCCCGCUAUGCCUGCCGCGUCCACCACCCCAGCCUGCCCCCCUUGGGGCGCAGCGCUGAAGUCACUUUGGAGGUGGCAGGUCGCUCUGGACCCUCCCUGGAGGAUGGCAUAGGCCUCUUCCUGUCCGCCUUCCUACUCCUAGGGCUCCUCAAGGUGCUGUGCUGGGCAGCUGUCUACCUGUCUACUUCUAAGAAGUCAAAGGAGAAGAAAUCACAGUGAGGGCACUCACCAUCUGGGGAAGCCACCAUCACCUGUCACCUGCUCCUGCUUUCAAUCGCUCCUCUGAGUGGCUGGAAAGUUGUUGUUUUUUUUGGUGUGUUUUUUUUCCACAGACACAGAUCCAUGGCAUUCACCUUCUUAGAGCGCUAGGGCAGUGGUUUCUCACAAUUUUUAUUCUCAGGGCCUCUUAAAAAUUAUCAAGGACUCUAAAGAGCUUUUGUUUAUGUGGGUUACAAACUACAGACAUUUAUCAUAAUAGAACUUAAAACAGGCAAGUUUAGCCCGGCUGGUGUGGCUCAGUGGUUGAGCUUCAACCUAUGAACCUGGAGGUCAUGGUUCCAUUCCUGGUCAGAGCACAUGCCCCGGUUGUGGGCUCGAUCCCCAGUGUGGGGCGUGCAGGAGGCAGCUGAUCGAUGACUCUCUCAUCAUUUAUGUUUAUCUCUCUCUCCUUCUCUGAAAUCAAUAAAAAAAAUAUUUUUAAAAACUGAGGAAAGUUUCAAACAGAAGAAUACAGUGCUUGCUUCAGCAGCACAUACACUAAAAUUGGAACGAUACAGAGAAGAUCGGCAUGGCCCCUGAGCAAGAAUGACAAGCAAAUUCGUGAAGCGUUCCAUAUUUAAAAAACAACAACAACCAACCCAGAAUAAUACACAAGCACAUUCCAUUAGGUUUGAAGGUGAUGUAAAAUACACAUCAUGUAGUUUUUGGGAAACUCCACAGUACUUUUUAUUUUCUUAAUCCUCACCAGAGAAUGUUUUUUCCCAUUGAUUUUUAGAGUAGAAGGGAGGGGUAGAGACAGAGAACAUCAUUGGUUGACUCCUGCACCGACCCCGACCCCCACCCCCACCCACCAGGGCCUGAUCACCCUCCAACAGAGGUACUGGGCCCCUGACCCGAAUGGAACCUGUGGUCCUUCAGUCCUCCGGCCAAUGCUCUAACCACUGAGCAACCGGCCUGGGCUCCACAGUACAAUUUUGAAAGAAAGAGUUAGAAACGGCAAAUCACGGCCCGAACCAAUAUGCUCAAUAUUUGACAAAGGAGGCAAGGACAUACAAUGGAGCCAAGAUAGUCUCUUCAAUAAAUGGUGUUGGGAAAAUUGGACGGAUAUAUGCAAGAAAAUGAAACUAGACCACCAACUUACACCAUACACAAAAAUAAACUCAAAAUGGAUAAAGGACUUAAAUGUACGACAGGAAACCAUAAAAAUUCUAGAAGAAUCCAAAGGCAACAAAAUCUCAGACAUAUGCCGAAGCAAUUUCUUCACUGAUACAGCUCCUAGGGCACUUGAAACCAAAGAGAAAAUGAACAAAUGGGACUACAUCAGAAACGGCAAAUCACAUCGUAGCAUUAUGAUGGAAGUAGUUUUAACUUCGUACGCCCUGUGUAGCCUCGGGGACCUCUGGGACAGGCCCGCGCUUGAGGACCUGUGCUGUUGGACUGUUCCUGUCUUAUCCACCCCCUCGGUCCCGGAGCUCGGCUCCCUCGGCCGGGUCCACCCCCGCUUCCCCUGCGAACCGGGACUAGUCCGCCUGGCCCUCCCCGGAGACCCGCCUUCCCCAGGUGCCGUCUCCACGGCCGUGGGUCAGCGUCCGUGGUCUGUCCGCGCCCGGGCUCCGCUCCUGCCCGCUGCUGUGUCCUCCUUGGCCCUGCGCCCGGCACCCACUGGAGGGCGCUCGGCACAUGAGUGUUCCUUUCGCCCUAAAUAUUGGGAAGCGCGCUGGGCCGAAUCCCCGGCCGCAGGCGGCGGCGGCUGGGCUUGGGUCUGAUGGCGUGGAAUAAAGCUGUCCCCUCACCA